AUUAGAAGUGAUUUCACCGCGGAGAGUCAGGGUGCCGGCAGGUGGCCAGGCGCUGGAGAGUCGGGAAGCCAAGAUGAGGGCCCUACUCACCGCAGCGGGGUUGCUGUUCCUGGGGAUGCUUCAGGCCUUCCCAAAGGAUCGACCACUCAAGACCACCUGUGCCGGAGACCUCAGCCACUACCCAGGGGAGGCUGCCAGGGACUGUUGUUACCAGUGCCCCUCGGGGUUGUCUCCAACACAGCCAUGCCCACAGGGUCCUGCCCACUGCAGGAAGCAGUGCGCUUCUGACUACUACAUCAAUGAAGACGGGAGGUGCACAGCCUGCGUGACCUGUUUGCCAGGCCUUGUGGAGAAGGCUCCGUGUUCCAGGAACUCUCCUCGAAUCUGUGAGUGUCAGCCUGGCAUGCACUGCUGCACGCCAGCGGUCAAUUCCUGCGCCCGCUGCAAACCCCACUGUUCUAGAGAAGAGGUUGUCAAGUCCCCAGGCACAGCUAAGAAGGACACUAUCUGUGAGCUGCCUUCCCCAGGAUCUGACCCCAAUCGCUCCAAUCCGGAUGACUGCAAGACGCUUACUAGCCAUGCCACUCCUCGGGCCACGCCUACUCUAGACUCCCCAGCCAAUGACAGUGGGAGGAGCUUGCUGCCAAUGCGGGUCACCAACCUUGUGCAGGAAGAUGCUACUGAGCUGGUGAAGGUUCCAGAAUCCUCCUCUUCCAAGGCAAGGGAGCCCAGUCCAGAUCCAGGUAAUGCAGAGAAGAAUAUGACCUUGGAGCUUCCAUCUCCAGGGACACUCCCUGACAUCAGCACCUCAGAAAACAGCAAGGAGCCUGCCAGUACCACCUCCACCCUAAGCCUUGUGGUAGAUGCCUGGACCAGCAGCAGGAUGCAGCCCACCUCUCCAUUGUCCACAGGAACACCAUUUCUGGAUCCAGGGUCCAUGCUCUUCUGGGUGGCCAUGGUGGUGCUACUGGUUGGCUCCGGCUCCUUCCUCCUGUGUUACUGGAAGGUCUGUAGGAGGCGGUUCCAGCGGAAGUUUCACCUGGACUACCUAGUGCAGACCUUCCAGCCCAAGAUGGAGCAGGCAGAUUCCUGUCCUACUGAGAAGCCAACUCAGCUGCAGAGAAGCGGGUCGAUGACAGAUCCCAGCGCUGGACACAAGUUGAGCCCAGUGAGCCCUCCUCCAACUGUGGACACUUGUGCCAGUGUUGGGGCCACCUUGGAGAGCCUGCCCCUGCUGGAUGACAGCACAGCUGGGAAUCCUUUUUCUCCCAGGGAUCCUCCAGAGCCCCGGGUGUCCACGGAACACACCAAUAACAGGAUUGAGAAAAUCUACAUCAUGAAGGCCGACACAGUGAUUGUGGGCUCUGUAAAAACUGAAGUCCCCGAGGGCCGGGCUCCAGCAGGGUCUACAGAGUCUGAGUUGCAAGCUGAACUAGAAGUGGACCAUGCCCCCCAUUACCCAGAGCAGGAGACAGAACCACCUCUGGGCAACUGCACUGACGUCAUGUUCUCAGUGGAGGAAGGAGGAAAAGAGGACCAUGGGCCCACGGCUGUCUCUGAGAAGUGACACCCAAUGUUAGCUGGGGCUAGAGAGCAGCUGAGUGCACCCCUGAGAUCAGGUUAACACCUGGGGAGCUACCACAGCUUGAACUGAAGACCCAGCAUCCAAGGUAGCCCAGAAUGAAGCCUUCAGCGGCUGCCAAGAGCACUGGCCCCUGGGCCCCAUCAAUGGGCACUCACCAUCAGGCUGAUUCCACUGGGGGAGAAGCCACGGGCUGGUUCCGAGCUUCCUUGCCCACACCCCUGUGCCCUGCCUCCUCUCCUUGUGUCUCAGGUGAUGGCUUUACUGACAUGCUGCUAGCCUCCAGCUGUAGACAUGGCACCUAUUGCUUCUACUCCUGGGGCAGAGGGAAGUUAAAGAAUGAAUGCUCAUCAUCACUGGCACAAUAAUAGCCUGUACCCAUCACACAGGGAGGGCAAAAUGAGACCCUUUUGGCACGGCCUCCCUGCUCUAUGGACCUCCUCAGCAGCUGCAGUGACCCCACCUGACAAGCGUUACUCAUGACUAUGCUUUGUCCAAGGACUUCGUGUCACUUGGAGAUAGGAGAACUGUAGUCCUGGAGGUUUUUAACGCUUUGUGCCAUUAUCUGUUCCACCCUGGAAAUGAAGAAGCCUUGUCCCGAAACCUCCAGGAUCAGGUCGGAUGACACCUAGCUCCCAAAGGAAGCUCUAGCAGGUGGGAGCCUAGCUUCUUGCUGCUCACAGUGCUUAGCCCUCACCUACUGUGAGGAGGCCCUGCUGGUGAACAUACCUGAAGAUCUGCUUUAAUGUUUUGUUUUGUCUUGUUUUCCUUUUGAAGUACUGAGACUUGAACCCCUGGCUUUGUGCAUACCAGGCAAAUGUUGCAGGGCUGACCCACCCCAGCCCAGCAUUUCAUACUAAGCCCUAAAGCUGCUGUCACUCGCAGCCUGGCUCUCCCGCUGGCACCUGCAUACUCUUGAAACAAACAAGCAGCCAACUGGAUGACACAUCUGCUCUGUGGCAGCCUGGGGACUCUGGACUUACCCUUGGGCCAGGCAGGGAGAAUUCUGUUUACUCACUAACUGUGUGCUGUCUGGAGGAAGUUGGGACCCUGUCCAGAAUCACGAGGGGAGUUUCUGAAACCAUCUGAAUCUAUGGGGAAAAGUUGGAGCCGCUGAGUACUACCGGAGGCGUUAUACCACAGUCUGGAUCCUGGCCAGAAGGGAUGUGUGGGGGCUGAAGAGUUGCCCAUUUGUCUUGUGCAAGAACACAGUGGAUAUGUGGGCAUACACCGUGGCCCCAAAGCCAUGUCAUGAUGACCACAUGGAUACCACACUUUUGGAAGAUUAUUGCCCAACUUUUUCUUUUUCUAAGAUAAGAUCUUGUUCUGUAUCGUAGGAUAGAUUCAAACAUGAUAUGUAGCCCAUGCUGACCCUGAACCUAUAACCCUUCUAUCUUAACUUCCUGAGGGAUGACAGGCUCAAGCCACUAUGCCAGACUGCCACACAUUUCAACAAAGUGACAUAUUCCCUUGCAGAGUGGCUCUUCACACAGUUUUUGACCUUCUAAGAAUCCCUAAGGGACUGUAAAAAAAAAAAAAAAAUAAGUGGAUUUGUGAGGCUAAAGGCUGAUCACAGAGAUGGGCAGUGAGAGGUCCUGAACACAAAGGCUGGCAGGGAUCUGGUCUGCCCCCCUGCCUCCCCCCCAGGCAGGGCCUUAUCUCUGUGUGCGUGGCACUCACAGCCAAGGGCAGGAGCCUGUGACCAGCUGUGUGCCCUUUAAAUCUCUCCUUGUCCAUCCAGGCAGUCUCUUUUCCCCUGUUCAAGUCCUGCUCUCCAAGGAUGCUGGGAAUAAAGUGUGUCUGAUCACA